AUGGACACCCAAGUCCCCCGAAUUUCACAGGUAGAAGAUACGAAGGAAGACUCCGAGCUCAAGGAGGAAGUUGAAACCUGUGAUAUCGAUAUGGAAAUGUCGACCAAACGCUCGGACGUGUGGUACGACGACGGCAACAUUAUCCUGCAAGUGGAAAAGACCCUGUUCAAAGUGCACAAAAGCGUCCUCUCAGAGCAGUCGUACUAUUUUGAAGAAUUAUUCUCCAAGCCCCAACCUUUUCCUACCCCAGAAAACACAGGAGAAGGCGGAUGCCCCAUUCUAAACGUCUCCGAUGACGAACUGGACUACACUGUACAGUGGACGAAAUGCCUCAGGACUAUCUACAACACGCGCAGGGAUCUCAACCCCAACACAACAUACCCAUUUGCGCUCGUUCAUGCAAUGCUAGUCCUGGGCGACAAAUACGGGUUCCAUUACCUGCACAAGGAGGCCGUCAAUCUCUACGAGCGAACUUUUCCAUCCGACUACGACUCGUUCUGCGACCUUGGCACUACCAGCGAAUUCGAGUCAGACUAUUUUGUCCUCAACGAGCAGUGGACCAUUCACGACAUCGUCAAGACGGCUGUCGAAUUUGGGCUCGAACGAUGCCUCCCGGCUAUCUUCUAUCUCACUCUAACUCAUAGAGACUCUGAAAACUUUCUCUUUGGACCGAUAACACCGGCUAUCGGUGAACCGACUCGUUUCGACAAUGACAUCCUCGAGAUUCUGGUCAAAGGAAGGGAGAAAAUCUACCAUUCCAUGGCCAGGAACAACUUCGCUUGGCUGUGGUCCAAUCCGCACUCCGUCCCAGCAGGAACCUCGAAGUGCCAGAAAUACAAGCAAUGCAAACUUGCACUCGAGCGGCUGCUGAAGAAGUAUUGGCUCCCAGUUCCCGCUAUCGAGAAUGCGUUGUGUCCAUGGAGGGACAGUUUUGGAAAAGGCCUGUGCGACAGUUGCUACAAAGCUGCUCAGCGUCAAUUCGAGUCUGGUCAGAAGGCUUUGUGGAAGGAGUUGCCGACUCUGUUUGGCUAUCCUCCUUGGGACGAACUGAAAAGUUCCAGGGUUGAGAAAGAAGAAGAUGAAGAUGACUCACCAGAUGGCGAGGUGGCAGGGGGCUCGGACGCAAUCAUGGCCAUCACCAAAAGGUACCUAAGAUAA